GGUUUUCAGAGAUUUCGAGCUCAGACCUGUUUCGCCAUGGGGAGGAGACCUGCAAGGUGUUAUCGCCAGAUCAAGAACAAGCCUUACCCGAAAUCAAGGUACUGUCGUGGUGUGCCAGAUCCCAAAAUCAGGAUUUAUGAUGUUGGGAUGAAGAGAAAGGGAGUCGAUGAGUUUCCCUUUUGUGUGCAUUUGGUCAGCUGGGAGAAGGAGAAUGUCUCCAGUGAGGCACUGGAAGCUGCACGUAUUGCGUGCAACAAAUACAUGACCAAGUUUGCUGGAAAGGAUGCAUUUCACUUGAGAGUGAGGGUACACCCAUUCCAUGUUCUGCGUAUUAAUAAGAUGCUUUCCUGUGCCGGAGCUGAUAGGCUCCAGACUGGUAUGCGAGGAGCUUUUGGUAAGCCUCAAGGAACAUGUGCACGUGUGGCCAUUGGUCAGGUCCUCCUGUCUGUCCGCUGCAAAGAUGGAAACAGUCAUCAUGCCCAGGAAGCUCUGCGUCGUGCAAAGUUCAAGUUCCCUGGUCGUCAAAAGAUCAUUGUCAGCAGGAAGUGGGGAUUCACCAAGUACAACCGUACUGAUUAUCUUAGGUGGAAAUCAGAAAACCGCAUUGUGUCAGAUGGUGUCAAUGCCAAGCUUCUUGGGUGUCAUGGACCUUUGGCAAACCGUCAACCUGGAAGAGCAUUUAUUAAUGCAUCUGCUUAGGAGAUUUUGUUGACUGCUGGGCGGCGGUCUCUGGAACUGAAGGACUCCUGCUUUUUCCUUUCUGCAUUUUGUUGCUGUCUAUUUUGACAAAUUCUCUGCUUGAAUUAGUAUUGUGUUGAAAACUUGGAAUACUUUGCUUUAAAUUUGUUUUUAUUAAAUGAAUUUUGUUGCAAUCUUGGUACUAGCAGCCAAACCUUAGAUUAUAUAUGUGGUUUGGCAUGAUUAAUUAUUGGUUUGAAUCGUGGUAAUUGUGUUCUGCA